AUGGUGAAACUCCGGACGAUUGAACUGGAUCCGCCCCUGCUCAACGCGGCCUGCGUCUGGGCGUCCGAUCUCGCCCAGCUCACUGCGCUCUACGACUGUCCGCAUACUGGGGGCGUUACCACGCGCACUGCGACGCUGGGCGGGUUCGUCGAGGACGGCACGCACGGGGUGGUGUUCCACCGCGAGCACCGCACGACGCUGAACACGUACGGAUACUCGCCGCACCCGCUGCGCGCCUAUCUCGCGUGGACGCGCGUGCUCCUCGCGCGUCCGCCGCCGCCGUCUUGUGCGCCGCGCAAGCCGGUCGUUGUUAGCGUUGCGGCGUCUGCGCCGGACGAGCUCGGUGAGGCGCUUGGUGUGAUCGGCGAGUUUCUUCGUGCGGAGCUUGGGAGCGCUGGGGAGAGAAAUGUAGAGAGGGUGGGGGUGGAGGUGAAUGUGGGGUGUCCGAAUAUCCGGGAAGGCGACGCGGCGGAUUCGCAUCCGGGAGGGGCGCUGGGUGGGGAGGUCGGUGCGCUGGAGGCGUUUUUGAGGGUUGUCGCUGAUUUCUUUCGGAGCGACGGAGAGGUGGCGCUGGGCGUGAAGCUCCCGCCGUACACGCGCGCAGACGACGUGCGCGCGGUCGUGCGUGCGCUCGAGCGCGUCGCGGGUGGGGGCGUGUGCCCCGUCGCGUGGCUCGUGUGCACGAACACGGUCGGAAACGCGGUGUUGUUCGGGGAGGAGACGUGUCCGCCCCGUGCCGACGGAUCUUCGGCGACGAACACUAACACAUUCUCGCCCUCGCCGGACGAGACGGCUGCAGCUCCGCCGCGCUCGGGCCCAGGCGGGCUCGGAGGCGCGGCGAUCCAUGCGCUCGCGCUGGGCAACGUUGUUGCGUUCAGAGCGGCGCUCGAUGCGUCGUCUGUGCAGAGCGUGCGGGACGUGGUCGUCGUCGGCGCGGGUGGGGUCGAUGGUCCGGAGGCGAGGAGGCGCAUGGUCAGUGCGGGCGCGGGCGCGGUGGAGUGCGCGAGUGUGUUGGGCUGGGAGGGUGUUGGUGCUUUUGCGAGGAUCGGUGGAUAG